GCCAACUCUUAUAACGUGGUGAUUACUUGCUCUGUGGUGUUACCUAUAUAUACUCUGUGUUAUUUAUAUUUUUUUUACAUGUAUAACCUUUUAAACGUUUUAUAUUAUAAAUUAAAAAUCUUAAUGUACAAUCUAAUAUUCGACCAGACAGAGGUGAAAGUAGACGACGCAGUUUAAAUAAAAGGAUAAUAUAAUUUAAAACGGUUUUGAUUUGAACAUCUCAAAUAUGAAGCAGGAGGGGAAUAAUUUGCAGUCAAAUAUUACCGCAGACAAUGUGCAAGAAACUAAUCUAUAUGUUAAUUCCGAUAUUAAACAGGAGUUAGAUUCAUUCUAUGAUGAGUAUCCGGAAUACGAAACGAAAGUUAAACAGGAUAAUGUUGAAAAUGCUGUAAUUGUAAAAACAGAAAAUGUUACUAUUAGCAGAGAGGCAGCAACAGUAUAUAAUAUAUGUUCUGAAAAGGAAAGUCAUUAUCUUAAGAAAUUAUAUGAGAAUCAUGAAAUAAAGGAUGAGUUGGUUAUAGGACCUACAGUUGUUCAAGCAGAAACAGUAUACAUAGAUAAUGAACAUUCAUUAUACACUAGAACUGAACCUAAAGAUGUUAUUCAUAAUAAGAUAUCAAAUGCUGUUCAUAAAUCCAUGCAACAAGUAAAGGUAGUAAUAUCUGAUAAAAUAUACUUCUGUGAUAUAUGCAGAAAAGUAUUUACGUCGUAUAAUACGAUAGCAUCUCAUAUGUCAGUUCAUUAUAGUAAAAAACCAUGUUCAUAUCAAGUGUGUAAAAAAAAUCGUGAAAUGGAUUCACAAAUAAAAGGUGGCGUACAUUGUACUGGUAAAAAAUCAUACAUUUGUGAUGUCUGUAAAAAAUGUUUUUAUUUAAGAUCAGUUUUGGUAACACAUAUGCAUAUUCAUACUAGUGAAAAACCAUAUACAUGUGCAAAGUGUAAAAAAUCUUUUAGUUUAAAAAAAUAUUUGAAUCAACAUAUGACUUUUCAUAUUGAUGAAAAACCCUAUAUUUGUAAUGUGUGUAAAAAAUGCUAUAAAACUACUACAAGUUUAAAUCUACACAUGCGUAUUCAUACUGGUGAAAAACCAUACACAUGUAAAAUAUGUAAAAAAAGUUUUAUAGCUAGAAAAUAUUUGAAUCAACAUAUAUAUAGAUAUUCCCAUGAUAAAGAAAAACCAAAUUAUUGUGAAGUUUCUAAAAAAUGCUAUAAAAGUACUUCAAGUUUAAAUCUGCACAUGCAUAUUAAAACUGGUGACAGACCGAGUUGUGAAAUUUGUAAUAAAAGUUUCUUUUCAAAAACAGAUUUGAAAAGGCAUAUGUUUGUUCAUACUGGUGAAAAAAACUAUCCUUGUGAAUUGUGUGUUAAAUCUUAUUCUAGAAGAUCAAUUUUAAAUAGACACAUGCGUACACAUACUCGUACUAAAAAACCAAAUAGUUACGAUUAUAGUUGUGACAUUUGUGAAAAAAAAUUUGUUACAGUAUCAGUUUUGAAAGCACAUAUAUUAAUUCAUACUGGUAAAAAGCCAUAUAUUUGUGAUGUGUGCAAAAAAUGUUUUGGUACGAAAUCAGUUUUACAAACACACAUCCGCACUCAUACCGGUGAAAAGCCGUACAGCUGUAAAAUUUGUAAAAAACGUUUUUCUACAAAUCGUUUAAAUAGACAUAUGCGUAUCCAUGAUAAUAAUAAAUAAUUAAUGUUAUAAAUUUACGAAAUCGUAAAAAAUGUUAAAAAUUUACAUGUAUAUUAAUAAUGUUAAACAAUUGUAGUAUGAAGUUAAAAGGAGUUAAUAAAAUUUGUUUUAUUGUUAAAAAUUUCGUAAGUACACAUUAUAUUUUAAUGUAAUACCUAACCUAACUGCCGGUUUAACUCACGUGUUAUUUGAUCGAAAAAUCUCGACUAGUUUCGGGACCAUCUGCGACUCUUAGUCCUGAACGGCUGUGAUGUGAGCGCGAUACUCUCUGUGUAAUAAUUAAAUAACUGGGUCGUAUUACGAAAGUCAAAGACUUGGAUGUUAUUCCAAGAUGACAAUCAAAUCAGUCUAGUGAUUUGACUUAGAAACCAGGGAAACGUCUGGUUUUAUUUAAUUCAAAUAAUUGAGAUUCUACUGUAAUGAUAGAGAAAAUUAAGACUAAAUUUAUUAAAUAAUUGUAUUUUAAGUAUGCACAUUGCAGAUCCAUUAAGAAAAACUUUUGUCUUUAUUUAGACCGUGUUCUGAAAGAGAUUAAAUAUUUUUAUACAAAA